AAAAGGGCGUGGACCGAUAGCUGAAUUGAUAGGGAAAAAUGGAGGACGGCGGCGGCGGCGGGGAGGGGGAGGGAAGGGCGCAGGUGCAUGCGCAGACGCUGGUGGAGGCGGCAUUGGAGGUUCUGAAUGCGGCGGAUCCUGUGGAGAAGGCCCGACUGGGCGAGGCAGCGGCAACGCGGUGGCUGCAGGGUGCUAUCUCCAUCUCUUACCAUCCCCAUCUUCCUGAUCCUCCGCCACCCCAUCGGCCUGCGAGGCUCUCCAACGUGAAGCUGCUGCCUCCGCAUCAGAUGCCCAAGCUGGGCAAGGCCGGUAGCCUUCAGAGUCGCCAAGCCAUCCUCCACAGUCUUGUCCACACCGAGAGCUGGGCCAUCGACCUCUCAUGGGACAUCAUCGCCCGGUUCGGGAGGCAGGAAGCGAUGCCCGUAGAGUUCUUCACCGACUUUGUCAAGGUUGCCCAGGACGAAGGUCGCCACUUCACUCUGCUGGCUGGCCGCCUGCAGGAACUGGGCUCUUUCUACGGGGCCUUCCCCGCCCACGACGGCCUAUGGGACUCUGCCAUCCAAACCUCCAACUGCCUCCUCGCACGCCUCGCUGUCGAGCACUGUGUCCACGAGGCUAGAGGUUUAGAUGUCCUUCCCACUACCAUAUUGCGUUUCCGCAAAGCAGGGGAUCAACAAACAGCAAAGCUACUAGAAACCGUGGUGUACCCUGAAGAAAUAACACACUGUGCUGCUGGAGUCCGAUGGUUCAGGUAUUUGUGCCUUAGGACACCUACUCCUAUAUUUAAGUUUGCAGAUGAGCAGGUUCCAAUGUCUCUUGGAUCCCAACGAAAGAAGCUGCAAGGUGUUAGGAACUGUAUGAAUGAUGAUGAGCUGGUGGCUAAAUCUGUGGACAAAGAGAAAGCCUCGAGAGGCUUGGAAGCAGUCGGUAAGAGUGAUUCCGAGUAUGAAGAAGUAGUUAUUCAUGCUUUUCAUGCUGUUGUUAGAGGAUGUUUCCACGGCCCACUAAAACCCCCUUUCAAUGCCGAGGCAAGGAAGGCUGCUGGGUUUGGACCUGAGUGGUAUGAACCUCUGGCCUUUAAAGAAAAGAGUUUGAGAGUUGGAUAGAACAAUUUUCUUUUAUAUUGUCGCUACUCUUAUGGGAGCUUCCUCUUAAUCUUUCUCUGUUUAAUGUGCUGCAAAUUGACCUACUCGGUCAGCAUGUAGCAUUCUCGAGUGCAGCAGCAGGACGGUGUGCUGGUCAUCAUAGUUUGCGUUGUCAGUUUGCCAUUAAAUUAUAGGCAUUGUUUGGCAUCGCUAAUCUUUUUUAAUACAAAUAUUAUGUAAGUUUGGAUGGAGCACUCUAAUUCUCUUCGUUGUUGAUUAGUUUGGGAUUGUUGAUUA